CUGUCACAAUUUAUGAGUGACUCGUGUGGGUGCUCUCUUGUUGGACACAGGGAUGGAAUGGAAGGGUUUUAGCAAUAGCGUGGAAGGUCCGUGUGUGGCGAUCCUGGCUGCGCAGUGGCAGCAUGGCGCAGGCAUUCCUAAAUCAGAAGGAUGCUCACUCUCUCCUCAAACGGUUUCCAAGAGCCAACGGAUUCCUGGAGGAGCUGAGGCAGGACAACAUUGAGCGGGAGUGCCAUGAGGAAAGCUGCAGCUUUGAAGAGGCCAAGGAGGUGUUCGAGAACAAGGAGAAAACGAUGGAGUUCUGGAAGCUGUACACGGUGAGCGGGCACACAGAGUCACGCUCGGAGCGCACGGACACCGUCUACAUGGUGGUGCCCCUGCUGGGCGUCGCCCUCCUCAUCAUCAUCGCGCUCUUCCUCAUCUGGAGGUGCCAGCUGCAGAAGGCCACCCGGCGGCGGCCUGCGUACAGUCAGAACCGCUACCUGGCCAGCCGCAGCUCCCGCAGCCUCCCCCGAAUCCUGGUGCACCGGGACAGCCCCUCCCACUGCGAAACCCCGCACGCCGAGCCCGCCCUGCGGCCGGGGGGGGCCGGGGGGCCGGCCGGCGGGGGAGGAGGAGGACCGUCGGCGUCCGCCCUGCCAGACCCCCACCCCCACCCCCCAAACAGCCGCGCCCUCUACGUGCAGGACUCCUCCAUCUCGGUGGCAUCCCGCCUGUCAGGGGCCACCCCGCCCCCCUCCUACGAGGAGGUGACGGGACACCUGGAGAGCAGCAGCGACGAGACCUCGGCACCCUACAGCGACCCCCCGCCCAAGUACGAGGAGAUCGUCAAGCAAAAGUGAGGGGGGCUGGCGGUGCCCCCCCCCCCCCCACGCUCGGACGAGGGAGGGGGGGC